AUAUUGCAGCUUAUCAAUCAUGGGGUGUCGCAGACACUGAGGGAGGAGCUGCUUAGGGCAAGCCAAAGCUUUUAUGAUUUGCCUGAGCAAGAUAGAAAGCAAUAUGAAGGAGGGAAUAUAUUGGAUCCAAUAAAGUGUGGGACAAGCUUCAAUGUCAAUGUGGAAAAGAACCUUUUGUGGAGGGAUUAUCUCAAAUGCCAUGUUCAUCCUCAUUUUCAUGCUCCACUCAAGCCCACAGGUUUUAGCAAAAUCAUAGAAACAUUUUGCAAAACGAGUAGGGAGAUCAUUGGAGAGUUACUAAAAGGAAUAUCAAUAAGCUUGGGCCAAGAGGAAAACUACAUACACAAAGUGAUCAAUUAUGAAUCGAGCUUCCAAAUAUUUGUUAUUAACUUUUACCAACCUUGUCCUAAGCCUGAGUUAGCAAUGGGUCUACCUCCACAUUCAGAUUAUGGGCUUCCAACCUUAUUGUUACAAAAUGAUCUUCAAGGGUUUCAAGUUCUUCAUAGUUGUCCAAGUCCAAAAAAAAAAAAAAUUCUUCAUAGUUGCAAGUGGAUCCCUAUCCAACCUUUACCCAACUCCUUUCUCCUUAACACUGGGGAUCACAUGGAGAUACUGACCAAUGGAAAAUACAAGAGCAACAUACAUCGUGCUAUUGUGAAUAAUAAAGGUACAAGAAUUACCAUAGGUGCGGCACAUGGGCCACCGCUUGACGACACUUUUGGCCCUGCAACUCAGCUUCUUGGGGAGCAUGAUCUCCCUUUAUAUCAACCCAUUACAUAUAGAGAUUGUAUGAAUCUUCAGCAAAGUAAUGAAUUGGACAAGAAGAGUUGCUUAGAUCAUGUUCGCAUUUGAAUUGCAUGUGUGUUUCGUGUCAUGCUGUUGUUUGUAAUUUGUGAUUGAAUUGAUUGUGGGAAUGAAAUUUAGACUUAUUAGGUUGUCUAGUUGAAAAAUAG